AUGUUGAUGGCAGGACAAAGGGGCACCUGGACCAUGGACAACGUGGUAGAGAAGAGUUUGGAAGGGCCCCUGGCACCUUCUACAGAUGAGCCCUCCCAGAAAAGGGGCGACCUGGUAGAAAUCUUAAAUGGGGAUAAGGUAAAAUUUGACGACACUGGACUCUCCUUAAUUCUGCAGAAUGGCCUGGAGACCCUCCGAGUGGAAAACGCUCUGACAGACGUCAUCUUGUGUGUGGACAUUCAGGAAUUCUCCUGCCACCGCGUGGUGCUUGCCGCGGCCAGCAACUAUUUCAGGGCCAUGUUCUGCAAUGAUUUAAAGGAAAAGUAUGAGGAGAGGAUCAUCAUCAAAGGGGUCGACGCGGAGACCAUGCACACUCUUCUGAACUACACGUACACCAGCAAGGCGCUGAUCACCAAGCAGAACGUCCAGCGGGUCCUGGAAGCUGCUAACCUUUUCCAGUUCCUGCGGAUGGUGGACGCCUGUGCGAGCUUCCUCACAGAAGCCUUGAACCCAGAAAACUGUGUUGGAAUACUGAGGCUGGCAGACACACAUUCCUUGGACAGUCUAAAGAAGCAGGUUCAAAGUUACAUCAUCCAGAACUUUGUGCAGAUCCUGAACUCCGAAGAGUUCCUUGAACUUCCUGUGGAUACCCUGUACCACAUCUUGAAGAGCGAUGACCUCUAUGUGACAGAAGAGUCUCAGGUGUUUGAGACUGUGAUGAGCUGGGUCAGGCACAAACAGUCAGAACGACUCUGCUUGCUCCCCUAUGUCCUGGAGAACGUGCGCUUGCCGCUUCUGGACCCAUGGUACUUUGUGGAGAUGGUGGAAGCGGAUCCUCUCAUCAGACAAUGCCCAGAGGUCUUCCCGCUGCUACAGGAAGCCAGGAUGUACCACCUUUCUGGCAAUGAGAUCAUUUCGGAGCGCACCAAGCCCAGGAUGCAUGAGUUCCAGUCUGAGGUGUUCAUGAUCAUCGGUGGCUGCACGAAGGAUGAACGGUUUGUGGCAGAGGUAACCUGCCUGGAUCCCCUGAGGCGCAGCCGCCUGGAGGUGGCCAAGCUCCCCAUGACAGAGCACGAGCUGGACAGUGAGAAUAAGAAGUGGGUGGAGUUUGCAUGCGUGACAUUAAAAAAUGAGGUCUACAUCUCAGGUGGCAAAGAAACACAGCAUGAUGUUUGGAAAUAUAAUUCUUCAAUCAACAAGUGGAUUCAAAUUGAGUAUUUGAACAUAGGCCGCUGGAGGCAUAAGAUGGUGGUGCUCGGGGGCAAGGUCUAUGUGAUCGGAGGUUUCGAUGGCUUGCAGAGGAUCAACAAUGUGGAGACCUAUGACCCCUUCCACAACUGCUGGUCAGAGGCUGCACCCCUCCUUAUCCAUGUCAGUUCCUUCGCAGCCACCAGCCAUAAGAAGAAGCUCUAUGUGAUUGGGGGAGGGCCCAAUGGGAAACUGGCCACGGACAAGACUCAGUGUUACGACCCUGCAACCAAUAAGUGGAAUUUAAAGUCGACCAUGCCAGUAGAGGCCAAAUGCAUCAAUGCAGUGAGUUUCCGGGACCGUAUCUAUGUGGUUGGAGGGGCCAUGAGAGCGCUGUACGCCUACAGCCCUCUGGAGGACAGCUGGUGCCUGGUGACCCAGCUCAGCCACGAGAGGGCCAGCUGCGGCAUCGCGCCCUGCAACAACCGGCUCUACAUCACUGGGGGGCGGGACGAGAAGAACGAGGUCAUCGCCACGGUGCUGUGCUGGGACCCCGAGGCCCAGAAACUGACGGAGGAGUGCGUCCUGCCCCGGGGGGUGUCGCACCACGGCAGUGUCACCAUCAGGAAGUCGUACACCCACAUUCGGAGGAUCGUGCCUGGAGCUGUGUCGGUCUGACUGCGGGAGCGCGGAGGGCGGAGCCGCGCGGGGAGCCCUCCUCCCUCUCCCCCGCAUCGGUCGCUCUAAAGCAGCUAGCGGAGCUUGAGUUACAGGCUGUGCAUACAUCAGGGGCUCACCGCAGCUCCCCAUGGCGGCUCCUUGGAAGUCACAGCUUUGGGACUUGAGACCAGCCAGGACUGUAUGUGAGACCUACCUCAGGAGGAAAGAAGAAUAAUACUUGACAUUCAAGACACACCUGUCCCAUGCCAGGUUUGAUACCGGGCACUUUUGUAUACCAAUUCCUUUAACCGUCAAAUGACCUGGUGACUGGAUUUUAUUACUCCCAUUCUACAGGUGAGAAAACCGAGUUUAAGAGAGGCUAAGUGAUUUGCCCCAGGUCAGUCAGAUUACAAGUUAGCUAAACCAGGAGUCUAAACCCAGGUCUUCCAAUUUCAAAGUUAGUGUAGGUUCUGUCAUGUUGUCUAUCUCAGAACAUGGUAAACACAAAACAGCUCAUUUUUGUUCUGACAAGUUUGCUAAAGGAUUCACUCAGCAAGGCAGGGAAAUAAAGGUGCUUCUUUUUUUCUUUUCUUCUUUCCCUUAUAUUUAAACUGUUUGGGAUCUUUGGUGUGGAAACCUUGGGCCCCUUGUCAAGAGCAUCUCAUAGGUUGUUCCAUCUGACAGUUCUGGGGAGACGGGUCCUGUUUGCUAUGGGAAGACCUGUUUGCUAUGAAAAAUGUAAAAGACUUCUGUCCUCCCCUCUAUUUGCUAUGAAAGACCUGUUUGCUAUGAAAAAUGUAAAAGACUUCUGUCCUCCCCUCUAUUUUUUAUGAUCACAGGAGGCCCAUUGUGGACUGGAACUGUCAUGGCUGGACAGAACUGUACCUUCAGCACAGGCCAGUGCCCUAGCCUCUCAAUGUCCAACAGUUGUAUUGCAAUGUAGAAAAGGUUUUUGCAGAGACUCAGAAUACCGUUUUUGUUUUUCCGGGGCGGGGGGAGGGUUGUCUUUGGUUUUGUUUCUUCAGUGUAAACAUCCUUACAUUGCUGGCCACUGCUGAAUGACUGGCUCUUCUUGACAGCACACUUUCUACUUUUUAGACAGUGAUUUGGGUCCAUGUCCCUGUGACCCCACCCUCCUGGAACCUUCGUUUUCAGGAUCCUUUUAUUCCCUUCUAUGUGGUUUUUGGAUCAGCUUGGCAUAGUUUUGACUCAAAGAACAGCGUCUGUUCUUCACUCUAAGAGAUGGAGCUUUCAUAUGAGCUCACUGGAAAUUCGUUCUAAUCCCCAAAUUGGGGACACAGAUUAAGAGAUCCUGUUUCAUGUGCUGUACUUAAAAGGCAGUAACAGGGGCUUCCCUGGUGGCGCAGUGGUUAAGAAUACGCCUGCCAAUGCAGGGGACGUGGGUUUGAGCCCCGGUCCGGAGACACCCCACAUGCCGCGGAGCAGCUAAGCCCGUGCGCCACAACUACUGAAGUCCGUGCGCCUAGAGCCCGUGCUCCGCAACAAGAGAAGCCACCGCAAUGAGAAGCCCGCGCACUGCAAUGAAGAGUAGCCUCCGCUCGCCCCAACUAGAGAAAAAGCCCGUGCACAGCAACGAAGACCCAACGCAGCCAAAAAAAAAAAAAAAACAACAACAGCAACAACAGUGGUAACAACAUAGUAACUGCAUUACUUAAUGUCCUUUAUUUUCAUCAUAUGAUUUCAAAUCUCUUUAGAGAGUUUUAUUUCAUGUCAGAUGGGCCAUUGUGUGCUUGUACUUCUCAGCAGUUUGGGAAGGUAUUAACAGUUGAUGGUGAAUUUAACUUUCAUAGAAAAGUUAUGGUUAGAAGGAGCUACAGUUCAAAGCAUAUAAAAAGACUUGGAAAAUUACAACUGAGAUUUCUAUGCUUAGAUCCUUGAGGAUAAAUAUAAAUGCAUGUUGGUGUUUGAAAAGCUCUGUGGCUUAGAGUUCAGCUCCUUGCUGUGAAAAGUGAGAUGGGAAAAUACGAACACAUUUGUGGGAAUUUAGAACACAUACCUCACUUACAGACACUGAUAACCUUAAUGAAGCUCUCAACUGAAACAAUUUAAUCUACUUCCAUUCAGCAAACAUUCCAGGAAAUGUUUGUUUGGCAAAGCCUUAGGGACUCCAAAGAGCAAGACCAAUCCCCACCCUAGAAACACUCGAUAAACAGGUAAACAGGCCACUUGGUCAAUAUUAUAAUUUUUCUUUUCAUCAAGUUAGAGAAAAUGAGACGUGUAUGAAGUUAUGAGGUUGCAUCCAGGUCUUUAUUGCCCUUCCAAGUGAUCUCCUUGGGAAGCUGUGCUCUUUGGUCAAUGAUGUGGCCAUUGUUUACAUAUUUGUUUUUCUUUGAGAUCGCCUUCAGAAACCACUUCUGGGCUAUAGGAGCUAUCAGUCGUAUUUCAAAGACAACUUCAGGAAAGAACUUUCAAAGAGGAAGUUCAAUGACGGCAUCAUUGGCAAUGCAGAGAGCCUCCCCUCAAGAAAGAGUGUUCUCUUUGUCCUGGUGGUCCUUUGAUAAGAGCAACUGGCAAACUUUGAGCCCAAAUUUUCAGCAGGUUAACCCUAUGCCGGGAAACUGAGGAUUUAGGAUCUCUGUGUUAUAAAUCUGGUUCUCAAUGUAAGGGUUCUCAAUAACGGCAUGGGUUGGCGGACAGAGACACCUACUAAGAAGAUCCAGAGUUCUGCACUUGAAGCUGCCAGUCUGUAGCUUUUAGGGACAUAAUGAAUUUCAAGUCAUUUUUGGGAAACUUUAUAUCAUCAGGAUUUAAGUCUCUAGGCAGUAGCCAGGGAUGGAAUCUCUUAAAAUCUAACUUCCAUUCUGAGAUGAACAAACAAACAAACAAAAAUCAAGUUUGCAGGAAGUUAACUCUCAUAAGCCGUACUACCAACAGGGGGACGAGGCAGGCUGGUGCCAGAUGAGCCAGAGACAAAGGGCCCUGGGACUCAGGCAGGGUGUGUAGGAUGUCCUGGCACAGCAGACUGGAUCUUGAGGCGGGUCCCAUGAGUGGAUAGAGUACCCCUGACUGGGAGGAAGAGGAUGAGGUAGGAAGAGGAGAAAGUCAGGUUUAAGGACGCAGGUCUAGAAAAUGAUGUCAGGGACCCUGGAGUUUGUGAGCACGACUCCAUUUUCAAGAAGUGUGAGGGCAGAAUAAGGAACCAGGGGUUCCAGGCAAGUGGGUUCCAGGAGGAAGCCCACUUCUCAGAAGUGAGACAAAGUUAGAGCAGGACCAGCCAUCAGACCCAUUUGCUGUGCGGCCUCUGAGCUGCUUGGCUGGGUCUCUUAUCGUUCUGGACCAAGAGAGAGUGAGGCCCAGAGGCUCUGAUGAGGUGGAAUCUGUUGGGGAGGUUAAGGGGCCCCAGUUGCCAAGGCUGAUCUGAAAUGGAUGGGGAGCUAAGCUCACCCAAACAUCAACAGAUUAAAUGUUCUCUUCUUAGCUUUCAUCACAUUCUGCAUACACUGGCUUCAGGAAACACGCAGACACACAGGCACACAGAGCUCUUGAACUGAAAGAAAUUGUGCUCUCAGGGAAAUGCAAAUAUUUGCUUAUAGCUAUGAAAGUGUAGCUUUGCUAUUUAUAAAAGCCCUUGAGGUACUGCUGUUAUUCACUUAUCCUACUUGAUUUUGAAAAAGAAAGUACUCAGUAAAAUUUUCAAAGUGGGUAAACACCACUGGGAUUUCUUAUAUAAAGUCCUAACUUGGGGUUGCAAAAUCCUUUUUUCCCUUAGUAUCUGAUCUGGGUGUUGUAUGAGAUCUUUUAAUUUGAAGAGUCAUCCUUCAUGGAAAUCCACAAAUAUCUCAAACAUGGCUACUGCAAAACCAGUUCUGA